CCCGCUGUCCUCGGAUGAUAUAAAUCCCUUUAAGCAUUUAAAGCAAACGGUUGUUCGUCCCAGAAUAUUAUAAUUAUUUUCCAGCGGACAAAAAUCCAGUUGAAAAAAGGAUCACUUGACAAUUGUUUAGGCUAGUACUGUCCGAAACAGAAACACAUACACAUAAAAACGCACAAACAAUAAAUAAGAGAGAUUAUCAGUGCGUCCCAGUCCCUCGCAGUCAGCUCCGUUCUGUAGUAAAGGAGGCCCUUUUAGAUUGACCCCUUUCCGAAGUGCCCACGGCCUACAGCUUGCUUUGUAUUUCCUUUAAAAUUCCCAGACACCCACACAGGGUUAUAGCCUAUCUGUUUCCACUGUGCUUUUAGACGAGAAAAACGACGAAACGACGCUCGGGCUGCAAAUCCCAGCUAUUAUGAAGUCAAUUUCAAAAUUGGCUGCAACAAUUUAGUUUUAAUCUCUAAUCCUAUCGAGUCGACGCACCAAUAGAAUGUAUCCAAUGCAGAAAAAAAUAAAUCUAGAAAAAAAUCCACAAAUCUACGAGGGAAUAAUGGGGGUUUUCUUUGUUGUGAUCUUGGAGGAAAAAGGCGAAUUCUUGAGGGUGGCUGCUGUCAAGCGCUUUGCCGGCGAAAAGAUUGAUCACCCUUGCUGCCUCUCUACUCCUGCUCUAAAAAUAUCUACCCCCUUUUCCCAUUCGUUUUAAACUUUGACGCAACCAAUUUUGCUUAGUUUUUCAUCGACUAGCAUUAUAUUGUUGCUGUUUUUCCACCAAUGUGCAAUAGAAAUUCAAGUCAACACACUGGCAAUUUUCAUUCGUAAACGCGACCUCACGAUGAACUUUUGGUUGUUGUCACAGUCAACAAAUGUUUCACACACACCACUAACCACUAUUUUUCGUGCGGUAUUAUAUGUCUUAUCGGCACCUUCAUUUUAAGAAAAGAGCAAAAUAUUUAUAGAAACAUUAUUUGACAAUUCUCUAACCUGGAUUUAGUGCAAACUUACGCGCUUUAGGGUCCCAGUUUUCAGCAAUUCUUCAGAGGCUGUGUUAAAUAAAAAAAAAAAAGAAAAAGAAAUCUAAUUUGAGGUAAACCCCAAACUAAUUUAUUUGUAUCGUAAUGGUUGGGAAUCUUCUAUUCGGCAACUGUGGCACACAAUCUCACCAUCAGUCUUGUACAUCCUUAUUUAUGUGCUUGAUAAAAGAAAAAUUUUUAGAUCUACAUCUAGUGUCUGUUACUCUUGUCAAAACUUUUAAGAUUAAUGACCCUUGAUUGUAAAUACGCAAGAAGCCAUAUUGUGGAUGUGCUUAUCGGGCAAGGCCUGUGAAUUACAUCACCGGUAGCUCUGCAUUUGGAUUGUUAUUGUCUAACAUAAGAGGCCCGCACUUUACCUCUCAUGACAAAACAGGACUGUCCGAACACAUGGCAGCCGAAAGCCUUUUUUUAAAAAAAUAUUAUUUCGUCCAUGUUACAAUAAGAACUGGAUUAUAAUAUCCUGUUGUAUUUUUUCAGACAAAUGUUGCUUUUCUUUUGCCACCAGGCCCCGAAUUUCGAUUGGCUGAGAUGAAUCAUGUGACCAGGAAUUGGCUGCAAUUUCGCCCAUAGUCUUCAGUUUAGUAGACCCUGGUCCCCAUACGCUAGUAAUAUCACCAAUAUACACAAUUAUUAAAGCCCGCAAAUGCCGUCAUAGCAGGACGCAAAAUAAAUCCUAGCUUUUUGGAUGUUAUUUUUUGCGUAUGUUGGUGUCGCUGGACGCCCUUUUUGCCCAGGCGAAGCGAUGAAUUUUGAAUUUGAGAGGGAGAUUGGGUUCAUCAACAGCCAGCCUUCCCUUGCAGAGUGCCUGACGUCUUUCCCCGCUGUCCUGGAGUCAUUUCAAACUUCAUCAAUCAAGGACUCGACAGCAAUUCCACCUCCUUUCGAGCACACCAUCCCUAGUCUGAGUCCCUGCACAGGCAACCAGGCGCGACCGAGGAGCCAAAAGCGAACUGCCUCCAAUGGCCUCCAGCUCCGGACACAAACAGCACCGCCGACGCAGCACCAGCAAGGCCCGGCCCCGCUGUCGGGUGGCGCGCCCCUGGCCCACGAGUUCCCAUGGAUGAAAGAGAAAAAAUCCUCGAAGAAGUGCCCCAAGCCCGGAGCCACUGCUGCAGCAGCAGCCUCCCCUUCUCAGGCAUCCUCCGGCUACACAACCGCGGGACUGGAGUCCCCGACAGAGGCUCAAGGUGGACUGGAUAAUGGUAGCGGUUCACGGAGGCUGAGGACCGCAUACACCAACACGCAGCUACUUGAAUUGGAGAAGGAGUUUCACUUUAACAAAUACCUCUGUCGGCCCCGGCGCGUUGAAAUAGCAGCACUUUUGGAUCUAACCGAGCGCCAAGUGAAAGUGUGGUUUCAGAAUCGACGCAUGAAGCACAAAAGACAAACUACACACCACCGGGACGGGCAAGAAGGCGAGCCCAGCGGUUUCGAGCUCCUGGAGGGAACCGACGCUGCCUCGCCGUAUUCGAGCCAAUCAUUGGAAGUAUCUGGUUCUGGCUCUGGUUCGGCAGCAGCUUCCGAGAGUGAGACGUGCCCCACAACUGCCUCCUACACGAACAGUGCGGACAAAAGCCAGCCCACGCCUGAAGAGGGCCAGGCGAACCAGCCGGAGCCUGCAUCUGUUCCUGACACAGCGGUUCACUCCCCCCCGUAUCCAACGCCUACUGCAGAUAACCCCACCACAAUGGCUGAGGGCCGAGCAGCUGGGCCGGAGCAUUCGUUCACAGAGCCGCAGGAUGCCACCUCUCUGCCCGAUUUAAAUUUCUUUUCGACGGACUCCUGCCUACAGAUUUCGGACGCUUUAUCGCCGAGUUUGCAGAGCUCAUUGGACAGUCCAGUUGACUUCUCCGAGGAAGAUUUUGACUUGUUUACGAGCACCCUUUGUACUAUAGAUUUGCAGCAUUUACAGUUCUGAACAAUUAUGACAUCAAAACGCAUACAAGAACAAUCGAACUCCAUCUUAUUGCAGUGUCCUGAAUGCUUCUCGACCGCAACAUUCCUAUGAUAAGACAUAAAAAGUGAAAAGAGACAUCUACCUAAACAAUUUUUUAAGAAAAACAAAAAAGGCGUGAAACAAAGCCUAAAAGGAAAUAAAUUGUCCAUUAUUUUGAAAAUACGAUGAUGUAAUCUUUUUGAAUACACAUCGGGAUGGCCCCUGUCGAAGUUUCAGGUAUUUUAUUGCCUUUUGAUUCUCGGAUAUUAGUUUAUGUCUACUAACAGAUGAAUGGUUGCGGACUUUUUCAGUGAAACUCAAUCAUUGGAAUCUCAGGAAUUGUGUCAGACAUAAGGGUAGUUGAACUGCUUUUAGGAUUUCUCCCAAGGCGGGCGUUGUCCCUACUGAAUAAUUUUAGAACUAGUUUAUU